CACUUUCUUGCAAACGAAAAAUCAAGUCUCUUCAUUCACAAAAAUGAACAAGUUCAUCAUUGCUGCUGCGUUGCUGAUGACUGUUGCUGUUGCUGCGGCUGCACCACAAUCCUACCCUUCUGAGGCCAGCUCCAAGCCCUCCUACGAUGACGCUCCAAUGCCGUACAGUUUCGACUGGAGCGUGAAAGAUGAGGAGAGCAAGAACGACUACGGCCACAAGGAGAGCAGCGAUGGCAAAGUCGUGACCGGAUCUUACCGCGUUGCCUUACCCGACGGACGCACUCAGAUCGUUACCUACAGAGCCGAUGAUUACGGUUACGUCGCUGAUGUCAAGUACGAGGGCGAAGCCCAGUACCCCGAAUACAAACCGUCCUCAAAGUACUAAAUGUUUUAAUCGCACUGCAAAUCGAAAAUUGAAUUUCUAAUGUAAUUUAUUUUGAACGCAAUACAAGCUCAUAAAAAAGAGAUUUUAAUUAUGUUA